AUGUGUUUAAAAGGCUCAAAGUGGGGAUGAUGUUGAAAUGAACAGAUUAUAUUAUGUAUAUUGAAUUGUGAUGUGAGAGCUUCAUCCAGCGGUCUACAGAGAACGGACAGUCUCACUACCGAGGGUUUCAUAGAGAGCGACCUGAGCCUGAGAGGAGCCGCUGCCUGUCAGACCGCACUCCGGGCUGCAGUGCCCGCCCACAAUCAGGGAGACACUUCCGGGUUGGCUCUGCGGGGUUUUGUUGUCCCUCCGCCCGCAGAGCUGUUCUCUGGACCCGAGGCCUGUUCCGAAGCUCGGCCCUCGGCUGUAGCUUCCACGCGGACCACACAACCACAACCGGCUCGUUGAGACCGAGGCUGCGGCGGCGGCGAAGGCGGCGGCGGCGGCGAGAGGGAGCGGGGGCCGCGGAGAGCAGCUGCCCGGGGAUCGGUGAGGCUGGCUCGGGCUGAGCUAUCGGGAGGAGACUCCCACUCUCUGGUUGAUCUGUUUUAACCUCACAAGCCUCCAACACUACGAGGGCACUGCAGGAAACCUGUGCAGAGCAGCCCGGAGACUGCGAGUAUGCGGUCGGGGCCAAGGGCGUUGUAGGAUGAAGAGCCCGGCGCACCGCUCCAGGGACAUCGAGCGCCAAGCUGGCUACCUGAAGCCCGAGCACUGUGCCCCUCCCCCGCCACGCAACAGCUCCGACACCAUGUGGUUCAUCCGCGACGGCUGCGGCAUCGUGUGCGGCGUCAUCACCUGGCUCCUGGUCUUCUACGCCGAGUUCGUGGUGGGGUUUGUGAUGCUGCUGCCCGCCAAGAACAUUGCCUACAGCCUCUUCAACGGGUUGCUCUUCAACGGCCUGGCCUUCCUAGCCCUCGCUUCCCACGCCAAGGCCAUGUGCACAGACCCGGGAGCCGUGCCUAAAGGAAACGCUACCAAAGAAUUCAUCGAAAGCCUGCAGCUCAAACCGGGACAGGUGGUGUACAAGUGUCCCAAGUGCUGCAGCAUCAAGCCUGACAGAGCUCAUCACUGCAGUGUGUGUAAACGCUGCAUCAAGAAGAUGGACCACCACUGUCCCUGGGUGAACAACUGUGUCGGAGAGAACAACCAGAAAUACUUUGUGCUCUUCACAAUGUACAUUGCACUAAUUUCCUUCCACGCACUCAUCAUGGUGGCUUUUCACUUUGUGCUCUGCUUUGAAGAAGACUGGACAAAGUGCAGUAACUUCUCUCCACCAGCGACCGUCAUCCUCCUCAUCCUCCUCUGCUUUGAAGCUCUCCUCUUUUUGAUCUUCACUGCAGUCAUGUUUGGGACUCAGGUUCACUCCAUCUGUAGCGAUGAGACGGGUAUCGAGCAGCUGAAGAAGGAGGAGAGACGAUGGGCCAAAAAGUCUAAAUGGAUGAAUCUGAAGGUGGUGUUUGGCCAUCCCUUCUCCGUAGCCUGGCUGAGCCCAUUUGCAAAACCCGACCACGGCAAGGCGGACGUUUACCAGUAUAUAGUGUGAAAGCCGGAAACGAACUUGAGCUCUGCUGCUGUGGAAUUAGACUGAUCGGUCCCGGGUCUGACGUCCUAUUGGCCGGACCUGAACGAGCAUGAACUCCUUUUAACCACGUACACGUUUUCUUUCUUUUAUUGAAAUUUCAGGGUAUUCUAUUGUUGUUUUUUUAAAUAUUGUCACCUUCUUUACAUUUUAUAGUUUCCAUCUUGGUGCUGACUGAGAUUAUCGAGGUGUAGCUCAAAAGAACCAACUUGAAAAGGAGCACUUAAUAAGAGUUUGUGAGAGAGUUCCGCCUUCUCUCGAGUCUAUGUUCCUGCAUCAUUUCCUGCUUCCAAUACUAAAUGGGAACUGAAGUACAGAUGGUUUUUUGCACGGAGCAGCACUGUUAAGGUCACCUGUUUAUUUUUUCAUCUCUGUGAUCCUGUUCUGUUUUUUUCUGUAUUUCUCUUGAUGCAAUAGUCUAUAGCUGAAUGCUGCGGAUCAUGUUGCCUUAGAACAGUGCAUUAGUGAACGGUGGCAUCUAUUGUUUUUAAAGAAAUGUUAUUUUUGCCUUAAUGUGACAGUCAGGGUGAGACAGGAUCACACCAGUUCAUAUUAUUUAAAAUCCCAAGUCCCAUUGAAAUAAAUGGGAAAGUAGUCUUGACCUUUAGUGGAUUUGUUCAGGUGAUCUUUGUCAAUUUAUGAAGUUUUCUCUUUUGAUUUACUUUGUGGAGUUUUUGUUGGAAGUAAACCUCCGAGAAAGUUACAACAAAUCACAUGUAAGAGCAAUAUGAGUAUGUUUUUUAACCAAGUGCUGUCAGAGGCUGUAGUAGAGAAGCAGUGGUCUCACAGUGGCCAGUUAAACUCAUAAUCCUUAAGAUUUCAGUCCUGGUUGAUUUGGCCACGACCUGCUAGAUUAUUUACAUUGCAACCAAUCAAACUCAUGCUGCUUUAAUUAAGAAGUCGGGCAAUAAUCAGUAGCUUUACAUGAUCAUUAUUAAAUUAGAUCUGAUUCAUGCUGCACGAGUUGUUUACCGCUGUAGAUUGUUUAUAAAGAUGAACGACGAGUGUCCACUUCUUCCUGCUAUCCAGAAAUGAAGCUAAAAUAUCUCGGAUAUAAACGGAAAAUGUAUUUGGUCCAUGUCCCAUCCACAAACAUGGAGAAGGGUGCAAGUGGUCUUACUUAGUCCAUGCUGCAUGCUUGCCAGUGACAACUCUAGCGACAAAUUCAUUGUUUCCUUUGAUUUCUUCAAAGUCAAAGCGUGUUUGCAAGUUGAGUGCUCUUAAUGUGAAGAGUAAAGGAAAAGUGUGUCAGUUAACACUAAAUCAACACUAAUUCAGCACAGAGUUUAAUGGGUUUCCAGAAAUUAGUCAGAAGAAAAUGUGAAGUGAGUGACCUUUGUCUUAUUUAGUUUUUUUCCAUACAUGAACUUUUCCACCUUAGCCAAGCGUAAAAAACAUUUAAUUCAAGUUGCUCGUAAAAUUACUAUUAAAUCAAUUCAGGAAAAACUUAAGCGUUCCAACUUUAAAAUCUGAGACAUUGCAGGUGAAGUUUCUGUGGAACGAGCCGUUUUAAACUCCCAUCAGGCAGUUUGACCUUUUGAUUAUUUGACACGUCUGUGCAGUAAAUGUAGACGACCUCUUCGUUUUGAUCAUCAUCACAGUCACCAGCUUAGAUGGAAAAGUCAGGGAAUAAAUAAAGACAUCGCUCUCUGAAUGCACUGACCCUAAGUGUAAUUGACACCCUCUCAUUUGAUGGAAUCAGUUUAUGGAUAAUCCAGUUUGUCAUACUUGGUAGAUGUGAGCCUGACUGAUGGCAGUGGUGAAGCCUUACAGGAUCAAAUUUAGGGGCGAGUGGAAAAUGUUUGCCUGAAAGACUGAGUUACCAUUUUAUUUGUCACAGCUGCGGACAUUGCCGGGCCACCCAGUGUGACGAGGAGAAUAUCACGUGCACAGGAAAUGCUCCACUUCCUAACAUUUAGCACAAAAAAGAAGGCCUUUGCCCAGAUGUGUCUGAAAGCCUUACUACUUCCUGUUUAAUAGAUGAUGAGCAGAAUCAUGAGAACAUAAACCUACAUGUUGCCAAAUUGAACCCCUUGAUAAACGGAGGCAGUGAAGUGACCAUUUGAAGUGUAGAGCAUGCAUUGUCAGGAGUGAUGUUUUCUUAGAUUUCUAAAUCACUUGAGUUUUUUAAUAAAUGUAAAAAAGUUGCUACACGGUUCACACACAGUAAACCAGCGUUCAACUGUUUCCUGUUCUGUGUCGUCAGGUUCAAAAUACUGAGGACCACAUUUUGUUUUGGUUUGUUAAUUUUGACUGUGGUAUGUUUAAAUGGGAAUGAAAUAAAACUAUGUGACUGCUUU